AUGGAGAAACAAUCGUUAGCUGAAAAGGCGGCAAAGAAAGCGAAGGGGAAAGAAGAGAGCGAAGCAGCAGGUAAAAAAGCAGAAGAAAGUGAGAAAGAAGAAGGAAAAAUGGAGAAAGAGGUAACAGAGUGCAGAUGUUUCAACUGCAAUAAGCGUUGCAGACUGGGUGUGAAUUUUAAGUGUAGAUGUAAUCAUGUAUUUUGUAGCAAGCACAGAUAUCCAGAAGAACAUAAUUGUUCUUUUGAUCACAAGAGAUUUGGGCGUCAGAGUCUUGCAAAAAAUAAUCCCCUAAUCAAGGGUUCCAAGAUUGACAAACUAUAA